AUGUCGCCCACCAGCGUCCUGCGUGGUCGCAAAUUUCUCCUGUAUACAGAAGGCAUGUCAGAUGACGACAUCGAAAUAUGUGCGGGCCUCCUUCGGAAGCACGGGGGGACAAGGGUGUUCGCGAUCGCAGAUGCCACACAUGUAGUGGUGCACCCCCCAACGGCCGAGACCUUCAAGAACUGGAAGGACAACUUGGAACGGUUCUUAAAGGCUCAGCUUCAAGCCGCAGCCUCACUCCUUCGCGUGCCGGUAUUAGUUCGGUCAGAGCACAUCACGGAUUGGACGCGCACCGGUUCCGAGCCGGAGGUGGACGACGCAGGAAACCGCCCGCUGUGGGGCCCAUUCGACCGCCUGUCGCCGGCUGGCGGCGACUCCCGAUCUCAUGGCACGGCUCAGCAGUAUCAGACGACGACCGACGAACAGGGAGGGUCUGCCUCUUCGGGUCCUGGAGACCAUGACGCACCUUCAGCCCCCACCGGAACGGACCCCUUCGGUGGUGCCUUGCCAUUCAGCGUUGUCGAGGACCCCAGUUGGUCCUCCACAGACGCGGGGACAGCCGACUCGUCACCCAACUCCGCCCCUCCGACCACGCGGGACACCAAAAUAAAGGUGAUUUCUUCGUCAUCCAAGCUCGACACCUCGAAGCCCAACGUCUUCAGCGGCCCUCGCAGCUCGUUCUUUGUGGCGGACGGCUGUGGGGAGGGAUUAGCAGGAAUCAUCGUUUACUUGGGCGGAAUCAUCGUUAACGACCUUCACAUUGUGGACUACAUCAUCGUGCCAGGGAAAAAGUCGUCGACAAUGUCUCUCGGCGGAGUUGCCCCGGCGGCCCACAUUCUUCGCGAGCGCUUCGUGAUGGACUGCGCUCUGCACCGCAAGCUCCGAGACCCUACGCGUCAGUUAUACAUUCCCAACUGGGCAAGAGCACGAACAGUGGUACCCAGGCCGAACGUACCGCCGGUGCCGUCUCCAUCUCGUCCGGCUGUGCAGCGCGACUCGGCGGCGUUUUAUCUGGCCCGGGCCAGCAUAGGAGUGCCGCUCUUCGGGCAGCCACUUGCACGUACGCCUUGCGCUGCCGCCAAGGCAAGCGGCAAUGUGUCAACUGAGGAGAAGAUCACGCCAUCGAAGUCUCUCCCCCGCACCGGCAGCAGCAGCCUGCAGCUUGUGACGCAGGAGGCGACUACGACCACGGCCACGAGCUCGACCUCGACCUCUGCCGUAACGAUGGCGGAAUCUUCGACGCCACCGUCAAGGGUAGGUGCACCCCCGCCCACGACCUUCGCCGCUGGUACGCACCCGUCGAACGCCAUCUGGGUGGACGACCGCAGCUCGGUGGAGGACCCCAGCUCCGUGGACGACCCCACCACGGAGGACGCUGCUCCACCGACUGCGCCCCCCUCUGCAAAGCCCCCGUCGACCCCGCAGGCCAAGCGUGGUCGGAUCUCGGACCCCACCGACCCUACCCUGGGCUGA